AGGAGACUGGCUGUUCAAACUAGGAGUGGGACCAGCGUAUGACCGUGUUGGCACCAAGGACAGCAUCAUGAUCCGCGUUCCUAACCACACGGUGACGGGUCACCUAUGUGACAUCACCGGACCCCUUGCUAUCACGUCAGCCAAUCCCAGCGGAGAGCCAGACAGCACCCACCACACCAUGGUCAUCAAACGACUGGGACACAAGAUUCAAGGGGUACUGUGUGACGGAGACUCAAAUGAAGUUGUUGCUUCCACCGUGGUUAACUGCCUGAAGAUUGAUGAAGGGACUAUCACCAUUGUAAGGGAAGGAUGUGUUCCUGCUGUACAAGUCCGACAGAUCUUCGACAGAGUGAAAAGCACUAUGUUGUGAUUGUCUCGUACCUCAAUUCUCUGCCUCAGAGAGCCUCAUCAUGACUUAUUCCCUACAAGAUCAGAGUCUUUAACUCCCCCGUUUCCAUUCAGCAAGAAACAUUAUGUAAAUAUAUGAAAAUUAUUGCUGGUUGUGUAGCCUAUGUGUACUAUGUGUAACUGUGGCUGUCUUGGCAAAUGUUACAAUAAAAAAAAACAUUUGUAGUUUGAUGGACACUUAACAUUCUCAGCAAAAACUGUUUCAGCUGAUGUUCCACAACUUAAUGAAGAUACCAUUUCUCAACAAAAAACAAAAGCGUGAUAAUUUUUAGAUUUAAAUUAGUUAAAAGAAUAUCAAAAUAUCUUUAUUAACUGUGUUCAUUAAGAAAGUUUAAUAUUUCU